AUGACGCGGUGGCGCGCCGUGCUCAAAUCCGGCGUCGAUCACUGGAGCGACUACUCCGACACCGACGACGAUCGCGAUCGCUUCGACGACGAGUGCGAGGACGACGAGCGACGACGGCGCGAUGACGUCGAGCUCCGGCGGUCGAUCGGUGAAGAUUUAGACUCUCUCGGUCACGCGAAAGAGUCCUCGCGCGAUCCAUCGAGCGGAAACUCGAGCGAUGAUAAGGACGCGGACGUACACGCGAGCGCGGGCGCGCGUCCAUCGACGAUGCGGACGGAGGGUGGCGAAACGCGCGCGGAUCGGGACGGCGGCGCGAACGACGACGGCGAGCGAGCGGGCGAGCGAGCGAGUGGGGAUGAGGUCGGCGGCGCGGACGGCGUGGAUGAUAACGUAAAGGUUGGUCUCGGAGGGGCGUGGCGGAUCGAACGGAGAGAUUUGGAGUGGCAGUGCCUGUGGAUUGAACUGCGAACGAGGGAAAUCGAUCGACACGUCGCGCGAUACGAAGCGAGAUUGCGAGCGAUGAAGCGGAACGAUGACGCCGCGGGGGCGUCGGGGGAUAAAGGCGAGGCCGAGGACGUGCGAGCGGGGACGAUAGGGGAUUCGGCGCGGGCGAAGCGUUCGACGGUGGAGGCAAACUCGGAGAACUGCGCGCAGGUGAUUCUCGGACACCCCAUGUUCGCGCUCCUGGAUGACGCGUGGGAGGAUAAGGAGCCGACGUCGGCAAAGAAACGAUUGAAUCCUGGUGCGAAUGAUCCGUCAACGACGACGACGACCGAGCUGAGCGGUGCGAAGGCUGGUGGAACGUUGAAACGCGUGGCGUCGCCGGAUACCAACCCUAAGUCGUCCGAGGAGAAGAAGCGCAAGGUCAUGGACGGCAUCGGCCCGAAGGAGACCAACUCGGACAGUGAUAUUUCCACCACGGCACUGUAUGAGCAGAUCGACGCGGCGAAGAAACGGGUCGAGUCGCUCAAGGAACGUCUGAGCAAGACGGCGCCCAAGCUGGAGAAACAGAAGAGCGCGUCGGACAAAUUCAAGACGCCGGGGUCGAAGAACAGGAGCGAUAAGACGACGUCAGAUAAGACGCCCGUGAGCGUAUCUGGGAAACGUUCAUCGACGCGAGGCGUAGACGCGUACGACAUCAACAACGUCAUCUCUGCGCAAGGACCGGCCAAGUACGUCGAGCGUGCGAUUCACGAAACCAUCGCCACGCCGAGAGUGCGCGCGGCGAGCGCGCUCACAGCCGCCUUCGACGCCUCUACGGACGGAGAAUCGAGCGAUGAAGACAUCUCGGACGAAGUGUACAUCGUGCGUCACGCUAAACUCGAGGCUGAGGAGAAGUCUGCGCGCGAGCCGUUAGUCCGAGGCCGCUCUGGUCAAAAGCAAGCGACGCCCACUGGCAAGCAAGUCUCCCUCUUCGACGAGGACGUCGACGACGAAACCUUGGAACGAAAUUUUGACAUCGUCAUGAACGAAGCCCCGACGAACGCGUGA